AUGCCGUUUGACGCAGUUGGUGCCGUGGGAGAAGCCCCGAGCGAUGGCGCAGACGCCUUAUUCGACCCCUCGGCUCCCUUCUUCAACCGCUUCAACAGCCGAAGAUCAGUCGUCUACAGCACAAAGGGCAUCGUUGCCGCCUCUCAGCCCCUCGCCGCCCAGGCCGGGCUCGACAUCCUCAAGGCCGGCGGCAAUGCCGUCGACGCAGCUAUAGCCACGGCUGCCGCUCUAGGCGUGACUGAGCCCUGCUCGACGGGAGUAGGAGGAGACAUGUUCAUGAUAUACUGGGACGACAAGAAGCAAAAGGCAUUUGCAAUCAACGGCUCAGGCCGAUUGCCAGCCGGGUUGACAAUCGAAAAGUGUCGAGAGCUCGGCUUGACUGGCAAUCUGUUGCCGCCUCAGGACGCGAACUCGGUCACGGUGCCUGGCCAAGUCGCCGCCUGGUUCGACGCAAAAGAUGCAUACGGCAGUGGGAAAGUUACCAUGGAGCAGAUACUCAAGCCGGCGAUCGAGCUCUGUGAAGAUGGCUUCCCAGUGUCUGAAGUCACAGCACGGCAGUGGAUCGAAUGUGAGGGGCUGCUGAAGCGGGUGUCACCGAGUGGCGGCGAGCUUCUCCUCGAUGGCAAAGCUCCUAGAGCUGGCCAAGUCUUCAAGAACCCAAAUCUCGCUAAAGUGCUCCGGGAGAUUGCCUCCAAGGGAAAGGCAGGGUUCUACGAGGGAUGGGUUGCAGAAGCAAUCACAAGUGAAAUCCAACAGCUCCGGGGCGUUAUGACAAUGCAAGAUCUGAAAGACCACACAACGACUUUUGUUGAACCUAUAUCCAAGACUUACAAGGAGUACAAGCUGCUUGAAUGCCCACCAAACGGCCAGGGAAUUGUGGCUUUGGAGGCGCUGGGUAUUAUCGACAACUUGGAGAAAGAGGGAAAGAUUCCUUCUUUCAAAAGUCUGGGCCAUAACUCUGUCCAAUACGUCCAUACACUGGUGGAGGCUCUUCGAUAUGCCUUUGCCGAUGCAGAUGCCUACGUCUCUGAUCCUGAGCACUCCGGGUCAGCCUGGAAAGGCCUGCUGGAUGACGAUUACCUGAAAGAACGGGCAACCAAAUUCACGUUAGACGCUGUUGAUACAUCUCUGAAGAACGGAUUUCCCAGCAAAUCAUCCGACACAGUCUAUUUCACAACAUCCGACUCUGAAGGAAACGCAUGCAGCUUCAUCUGUUCGCUCGCUUCCAACUUUGGCGGUGGAAUCGUUCCAAAAGGCUGCGGUUUCGCCUUGCAGAACCGGGGCACUCAGUUCCAGCUGCGCGAGGGACAUGUAAACACACUCAGACCGCGGAAGCGGCCAUAUCACACCAUUAUUCCCGCAAUGGUGACGAACAAUGACCGGCUUCAUCUCUCCCUCGGCGUCAUGGGUGGGUUUAUGCAGCCCCAGGGCCACUUGCAGGUCAUGCUCAACUCGUGCGUCUUUGGCUUCAACCCGCAGGAUGCUUUGGAUGCGCCGAGGGUGUGCAUCAGGCCGUCGCGCACGCUGCCUGAGUAUGCAACGGCAGACGACUACUCCCAGUUGACGCAAAAGUCCAUGAUUUGUUUGGAAGAAGGAUUCCCGGAAGAGACAGUCGAGGGUCUGCGUAGACUGGGACAUGAAGUGCAGCUGGUGACAGGCUGGGAUCGCGCAGUCUUUGGACGAGGUCAGGUUAUCCAGGCAAAGCGAGAUACAAGUGGCCUGCAAGUGUGGCAUGGAGGAAGCGAUCAACGAGGUGAUGGUCACGCAGUCGUGUGGUAG